AUGUCCGGCGUAGGAGUGCCCCCAAGAUGCACGCUUUGUUUCUUAUCGACGUUGCUUUCCCAGAAGGUGCCUGAAAAGUCAGACAUCGUGCUUCGCUGCAUCAUUUCUGGGCAACCCAAACCAGAAGUAACUUGGUAUAAGAAUGGUCAAGCCAUUGGUGAGUGUGACGCGUCCAGUUAUGAAUUCUUUGAGAACCAGUAUAUUCAUGUGUUACAUCUCUACUGCUGUACCACAAAUGAUGCUGCUGUCUACCAGAUCUCUGCUAAGAACUGCUUUGGAAUGAUUUGCUGCUCUGCUUCCAUUGAAGUCGAGCGCUCGUCCGAGAACCCACAACUCCCUCCUAACCGGAAAGAUGAUGUGGACAUGGGUUGGGAACACGAAACAGAGCCAUUUGAAGCGCAAAGCUCAAAACAAGUUGAUGAGAAAGAACCUCCUUACAAGGAAGAAGAAAGGACCUCCUUGGGCAAGUCCAUGUCAGCUGAUCUCUCCCCCACAAAAUCCAACCAUUCAGACUCACUCCAGUCAUUGGCCAAUGACGACACUCAGACCUCCAGUUCUGAAAAGCUUUGGGAUAUUAAAGGAACAAGGCAAACUCAAGUGACAUGUGAUCCAAAUAACACCGAGGAAAUUGCCGAAGGCUUUCUUUUCCCUAUUUCCAGUAUUCCUCCCAGAAAGCAAAAUGGAUAUUCCCACGGGACAGUGCACUGCAGCGUAUCCCAGCCCAUGGAUGGCGUCAACAAUGAAGACCCUAAUGAUGACAAUGUCUUAAACUCUAGUCAUCAGCAGCCCAGAGUUCAGAAAUAUAUUAGCUUCAGUCAGCCCCUCUCUGAGGCAAACACAUCUACCUGCUCAGGUACCCCCAAUGACAGACAGCUCUGUAUGCACGUUUCCAGCGAAGACUCCGACAGUGACUAUGAACUUUGCCCAGAGAUAACCCUCACCUACACUGAGGAGUUUUCAGAUGAUGACUUGGAGUAUCUGGAAUGUUCCGACGUUAUGACAGAUUACUCUAAUACCAUUUGGCAACGAUACCUGCGGGGGACUGAGUGUGUUUUUUUAUUAGAAAGCGAUGACGAAGAGAUGGAAUUCAGUGAGUGUGGCCUGGCUGGGGGUGGGCAUUUCCUCAGCGAAAUGAGCUGUGAGGUUCAGGUGUCAGAUAACAUUGAACCUAGGGAUACCCUCCCUGGCCUCUGUGGUUAUCACUCAAAACCCCAACAAGUGGGGGUAAGGAGCAGCGGAGCCUCCACCCUCAUCCCCUCACCCCUGCAAGUAGGGAUGACUCUGACUUUGGGCCCUCACCAGGAUGGAACGUCGACGGUGACAGACCAGGGGAAAUAUAAAGUCCCCUCUGCUUCUGGGGUUGCUGGAAAUGUUUAUCCAGGAAUUCAAGGAGAAACCAGAGACAACUGUCCAGCAGAAGAGGAAGUUGCCAGCGGCAAUCUGCUAACCAUGGAUUCAGCACCAAUGGAGAUGAAGCCUGGUGAGUUAGAAACUUCAGGGACAUGCCAAUGUGUGGGAACUACAGCUGAGAAGAGAGUUGGGGAGAAGAACUUAUGGAGCAUGAACUCACAGAAACCUGCCAGUGUGAGGCGACCAGGAGCUAAGGGGAAGCUCAAGAAGCUGAAAGCCCACCUGAAAGAAAAUGCAACAGAGGGCACACUAGAUCUCCUACAUCCCAGAGAACCUGCUAGGCACCCACUAACCCAGAGUGACAAGAAGGAGCUUUCUCACGCCAGUGUAAGAACUACCAACAUGAAUCUCCAGUUCCAUACAGAAGACUGCACUAUCUCACCCCAAGCAGAGCAAGAGGUAAAAACACUUCAGACGCCAACAGAUUCGCUCCUCAGAGAAGGAGGAGGGACAAACUUCCAGGGGGAAGAGACACAGCUUACUGAUCUAUGUGAAGCAAGCCAGCUUCCAGAGCAGAGCGAGUCUCCUCAGGUGCAAACUCAGGAAACCAUUGGGGACAGCGUCUCUCUCAGCCAGAGGCCAGCAUCUGUGGAGCCUGCUGCGUUGGAGUCCUCACUCAUGGGGGCCACAAUGAGCGAAUCCCCCAACUCUGGAGGAAUCCAUGAGGAAAGUGCAUCAUUGGCCCAGUACCUGGAGGUAGGAAGCUGUACCUGGAGCCCACAGCAUGAAGAACAGGACCAGGAGAGAGGAGACAACACAGCUGGUGGUCCCAGGGGAGACCUGGACCAUAAGCUGAGCUGCUCAGAUACUAAUAGUGGACUCAUGGUCUCCUGUGAACUCUCAGUGCAUUGUCCCCAGGAUGGCUGCGUGGACUUCACUGAGCCCGAGGUUCCUUUUGUGGCUUCCCCUGACCUCGUGAACACCAUCCUCACCCUGGAAAAUGGUUGUGAUGGGCCAAGUGGCAGAGAAGCCGUGUGUGGCCUGGAGAAUUUUGAAGCAGGUGACGGAGGAACAUAUUGUGAUGCCAUGGACUCUCCUGUUGGAGCAGUUGAUACAUAUUUACCUCAGGAAACUUGUUCCAGGGACUUGGAGCUGGUGGAUGCUCAGAACCAAGCAUCUGACUUAUGUUCUCCUGAUGACAAAAUGCUGGAGGGCCUCCUUAAUGCACAAAGCUCUGAGCCUCCCCAGUCCACAUGUGACAAUGGCAGGGAUAGAGACUUGGCUAUGCCACCUGUGUCUAGUAGCACAUUCACCUGGAACAUUUCACAAGAGGUCCAUGAAGGUGCCACAGGGGGCAAUGUAGCAGAGCUGGAGGACCACACAUCCAUACUGGUCUGCAUGAGGAGGACUGAUCAUGAGAGGCUGAGUCUCAGCCACUCCGGGGAGCAUGAGGAAAGGCAGCCUCUUUCUUCUGAGUAUAGCUCUUGUUUGCAGUUCAAAGAAGGAGGUGAGGACGGUUCCACUACUAAAGACACCAUAGAUACACCAGCCAGUCACAGUUCCAUUGUGACAUUUCUUGAGGAGACACCAACCAUGUUAACUGGUAAUUCGGAGUUUCUUCCGGCAACCAAGGAGAGGGAAGACACAUCAGUCAGUACCAUAGGCACCAGGGUCCUCCCAGCUAAAUGCCUUGCUGCUUCUAUUACUGAAAACAGUGCUGCAGAUGGCACUAAGGAGACUUUGCCUCAGACACCAGAUGAGAAUGGGUUCCAACUUCCCUCCAGUGUACCAUGGGGUCAUAGUUUAAAUGUCACCACAGCUGAAACGAUAAAGGAACUGCCUUGCAUGGUGUCCAGUGCACCAGAAAACCAAGCCUGCGUUCCUCAGCUUUUAGAGGGAAAGGAUUUCUAUAGUGAUUCUGCUUUGCAGAUUGACAACCUCUGUGAAGAUAAGAAUCAGAUGGUGGAUGGAGCAGACCACAGGCGCCUCGAAGAGAAUUUCCAAGAAAAAGGAAGUGAAACAAAGCAGAGAUCCUACCAGGAGAAAUUGCCCCACCAGGGUUCUCUUCCUGAAGCUGGUUUCCAGGUAAGUUUGCCCGCCACAUCUGCUGCACAAGAGGAAGUAAAAUCACUGCCCUGGGACCACUUACCAGGAAACUCCAGGGAGGAAAAAGGGACAGACGUCACCAUGGUGGCUGAAUCAAUUGUGGAAGAAGACAGCAAGACCCUGAGCGAUGUCCUGCCUCUUUCUCAAUAUCUCCUGCAGGACUCUGAAGAGAAUGGACCAGGAUCUGGGGAACCAGACAACAAGCUGAAGGUUAUAACUCUAGAGGCUCCUGUAUCAGAAAUCUGGUCACCAAGACAACCAGCAGACUCUGAGAGCAAGGAAUCAGAAGCUGUUCCUCUAACUCCUGACAGGAUCUGGGCUCUAUCUGAAGUUCCAAUGGCAGACACUUUGGUGUGUGAACUAGAUUCCUCCAAAAUAACAUCUCCUGUUAACAGUGCUCAGUGUGAGUCUAGCAAUAGGGAAGUCCACAGAUGUCAAGAACAAGCCAGCCAUGAUGGUGGGAGGAAUCUCUCUGCCCGGUAUUUGAGGCAACUCAGACGCCUAGAGUCAUCCGUUGACCCUGUCGAUGAAGAAGAAUCGGGUACCGCAAAUUCAUUCUUAGAGGUUUCCAAAACCAGAGGGAAGGAAAACGUUGACAGUGUGAAUCCAAACCAGAAGGAAAACCAACUCAAGUUGGCUCAUCCUGCCUCCUUUAAGCUGCUGUUGACCUGCCCUCAGAUUCUAGAGUCCUCUGUAGAUCCCAUUGAUGAAGCUGGUAUAAUGGAGUGGGCUGAGGCUGAACCACCAGAGCCUCCCGAAUCCACACUGGGACCCACUGGAGAGGAGAGUCAGUCCAAGGAUAGAAACUCGAGCCAGAAAGUAACAGCUCAACCUGCCAUUGGACAAGUUCCAUAUCCUGAGGAAAGCGGGGACACCAUUCUGAGUGAAAAGAGUAUAAACCAAAACCCAGAAGACAGAGAGAAGGGGCAGGCCGAACAAAGUGAGAACGACAAAGUCAAAGUGGAAGCCCAACUUGCCACUUUGCAAGUCUCGCGUCGCAACGAGAUCAUUCUGAGUGAAGGGAGCAGACAGCAAGUACAAGGCGGCAAUGAGAAUAGCUUUGGGGAAGCUGUCCAAAGCAAACAUGAUGAAUCAGAAGUAACUUCCCCCACCUUACCUCUUUCUAGCUGCUUAGCAAUAAUGCCUUGUGUAUCUGUUGGAGUUGACUCUAACUCCACGGGCCAAAUUCAUGACAUCGCUGAGCCCAGAAACCAUCCAUAUGUAUUUUCUGACUCAAAGGAAAGGAGGUGUGCUAAAUGUUUGCCUUUCACUUCAUCUCCUGACGAGAGCAGCACAAACGUCUCAGUAAGCAAAAAAAGCAAAGAAUCUAAAAUAGAGACGCCACAAAUCAGGGAACCCAAACCCCCCAAUUCAUCUGCCUCCCCAGCCAUGACUCGGGCCUUCAUUUCAGGAGAAUGUGUAGCAGAGAACUCUCCUAAGUUUGAGCAAGAUCCUUCUCAUCAGGGAUCUACCUUGAGCAGCAUGAAAAAGUCCAGGCAGGAGGAGAUGCCCAGCCACAUGGCCACAAAACCAGGCAAAUUUCCAGGAGCCCGGUCAGUGGUGACUAGGUCCGAGGAAGCCAAAAAGAAGCAAGAACUCUUGGGAAGUGGAUAUGUAACUGAGGGAGUAAAGAAGAAAAUUCUGUCCAAGGUAGCAGCCCUGAGGCUGAGAUUGGAAGAGAAGGAAAACGCCAGGAAGAACUCCAGUUUUCUUAAAAAGAUUCCUAAACUCGAGGCAUCAGUAUCCUUCACAGAGGAGAAGAAAGACCAAAAAAAGCCACCUUGCAAAAGAGAAGGAAGAGCUCCAGUAUUACUGAAAAAGAUCCAAGCUGAGAUGUUUCCCCACCAUUCUGGAAACGUAAAGUUAAGCUGCCAGUUUGCAGAAAUUCACGAAGAUUCUACUAUCUGGUGGACAAAAGAUGCAGAGUCAAUAAGUCAAGUGCAGAGAAGUGCAGGUGACCACUCCACGGUUUCCUUGGCCAUCGUUCAAGCCAGUCCAAAGGACCAGGGCCUCUAUUACUGCUGCAUCAACAAUAGUUAUGGAAAAGUGACGGCUGAAUUUAACCUCACCGCUGAAGUUCUCAAGCAGCUCUUGAGUCACCAGGACAGUAAAGGCUGUGAAGAGAUUGAGUUCAGCCAGCUCAUCUUCAAAGACGACUUCCUCAGUGACAGCUACUUUGGGGGUCGCCUGCGGGGUCAGAUUGUCACGGAGCAGCUGCACUUUGGGGAAGGGGUUCACCGCAAGGCCUUCCGCAGCACGGUGAUGCAAGGACUCAUGCCCGUAUUCCAGCCUGGCCAUGCCUGUGUACUCAAGGUGCACAAUGCCGUCGCCUACGGGACCAGGACCAAUGAUGAGCUCAUCCAGAGGAACUACAAGCUGGCUACCCAGGAAUGCUAUGUUCAGAAUACUGCCCGACACUAUGCCAAGAUCUAUGCUGCUGAAGCACAGCCUCUGGAAGGCUUUGGAGAAGUACCUGAGAUCAUUCCUAUUUUCCUCAUCCAUCGGCCGGAGAACAACAUCCCCUAUGCGACAGUGGAGGAAGAGCUGAUGGGAGAAUUUGUAAAGUAUUCCAUCCGGGAUGGGAAGGAGAUAAACUUCUUGAGAAGAGAGUCAGAGGCUGGUCAGAAGUGCUGCACCUUCCAGCACUGGGUGUACCAGAAAACAAGUGGCUGCCUCUUGGUCACCGACAUGCAGGGUGUGGGGAUGAAGUUAACUGACGUGGGCAUAGCAACACUGGCGAAAGGGUACAAAGGAUUUAAAGGCAACUGCCCCAUGACCUUCAUUGAUCAGUUUAAAGCCCUACACCAGUGUAACAAGUAUUGUAAGAUGCUGGGACUCAAGUCCCUUCAAACCAACCACCAGAAACCCAAGAAGCCAAGCGUCCCUGGGAAAAGCAAAGUUCAGCCGAACCCCACCAUGGUGAAGAAGACGGUGUCACAGACCCCAGCAGGAAAGACCUAG